AUGUCCUCGCAAAACCCCGUACCGGAAACACCUCGCGUGAUAUCGCCGACACCCUCUAUAUCAGACCUGUCAGAGGCACCCGAUGGAUAUUUUGCACCGGUAACACGGUCUGCAGCACGUCGCCAGCGUCAGCCGGAAGAUACAGCCGAAAGUUCUGGCUCAGCGCGAGCACCAAGAUCCCCCACGACACCCUCGGCCCGGCGCAGCCGCCGAUCAAACCCCAUGAUACCUGCCUCGCCGCCGCGCUUAGCAAACGGUACUGCCUCGAACACUCAUCUGUCCCCGUCGAGCAUUCCCAACGCCCUGCGCGACUUGUCAAGAUCACCAUCCCCUCUCGGACUGAUCCCCCUCCACGCCCGCUACCGCAGCUUCAUCCACCGCCAUGAAAUCCCACGCAAGCUCUUGCACGUGUCAAUCGGAUUUUUGACUCUGUCAUUAUACAGCCGAGGCGUCCAAACGCUGCAGAUCACACCCGUGCUCUUUACCGCACUGGUACCGAUUGCAGCAACGGAUCUGAUCCGCCACCGCUUCGAGAAGGUCAACAAGGUAUACAUUCGGUGCAUGGGUGCUCUCAUGCGCGAGACUGAGGUCACCGGCUACAACGGCGUAAUCUGGUAUCUCCUUGGGGCAUAUGUUGCUCUCCGCUUCUUCCCCAAGGACGUUGGCGUCAUGAGCGUGCUACUCCUUAGCUGGUGUGACACCGCCGCCUCAACAUUCGGUCGUUUGUACGGCCGCUACACCCCCCGUCUACGUUCCGGAAAGAGCUUGGCUGGUACCAUGGCAGCCUGGCUCAUGGGUGUUGUCACUGCUGCUGCUUUCUGGGGCUGGUUCGUACCUUACAUUGGCACUUUCCCCAAUGACCCAGAAGAUGCCUUUAUGUUCACAGGAAGCUUGAAUCUGCUCCCCAACUGUGUUCGUGGCCUCCUGGGCUGGGAGCCCAGUGACUCGGCGGUCAUCACUGGCCCUCUGGCUUUGGGUGUUAUGAGUGUUGUUUCUGGCAUUGUUGCUGCUGGCAGCGAGUUCAUUGAUUUGUGGGGUUGGGAUGAUAACCUGACGAUUCCAGUGUUGAGCGGAGUUGGUCUCUGGGGCUUCCUCAAGGUCUUUGGGUAA